GUAAACAAAACAAGAAAAAGCGCGAUUCCUCCGAAAAGUUUGUUCAAUUUCAGUUCGUUUUCGUCCGUUUGUGUGAAUAUUUGGAAAAUCUACUUGUUUUGGCUUAAAUUUACCGGUUGAUCGAGAUGGAAGUUGUUCAAUCGCCUCCAAUCUAUCACACCAGCGUCACCCAGAAAGCACGUUCCCGGGAUGCUGCCCACCGUUUCAAAUACGGUUCCCCUAAACUUGUGGACAUGAUGCGAGAGAAAUGUCGCAAUCGCAUCAAGGAAGCCCGCAGCGAGCAGCUGCUCCGGAAGCGGAAUAUCGUCCAGGAGGAGCAAGCCCUGCUGGAAUCGAUCGUCCGGGAGGAGCUGUCGGAACUGGAGCAUGACAUCGAGCUGCAGCGGCUCAUCUUCGAGGAACUGAUUUCCCAGACGGACGAAUGGCUCUUUCUGGAGUACGAGCGUUCGGAAACCUACCAGAUCGAUGAGUACGGUGAAGAUCCACCGGUGUUUUGUCCCGUUUGCCAGAAGCACCAACUUACAAAUGAUGGCGGCCAGCUGGGAUGUCCCUGUGGAGCAAAGGUUCGAUUCGCCGGUAAGGUAACUGAAUUUGGUCAGAUGCUCGGCUGCGUGCUGGAUGGUCACGAACGAUCCGGGUGUUCCUCGAAUUUACAAUUCUUCAUGGAACCCCUGAUUGAUAACAACGAAGGUAUUGGACAGUUGAAUGCUUUCUGUCCCGGCUGUGAUUUCUAUAGAAGCUUGACGAACUAACCUGGAGGAACGGAGGUAAGGUGUCGAUUUUCGGUUUUUAUUUGUAGUUGAAGUUUUGUAAGUGGUUAUUACUAUAGUAGUUGUUUAAGUUUAAAAAUGAUUCCUUAUAAUACAAACAAGAUUGGAUAAAA